AUGCAGAAUGGGCGGCUGGGGCCGUGCGCCCGCAACCCCGCCUGCGGCAGCGCCCCCCGCGUGGGCAGUCCGCCUUGCCUCCCUCCGUUCCCCUGCGGAGGCUUCGCUUCCUCGCAUGCCCAAGAUAACGACCUUCCCCCACCCCCGCCGCCCCCAGCAGCCGUCCGCGGCGGCAGCGGGCGGCUAUCGCGCCUCCUUAUCUGCUGGACCGCCACACAUAAACAAAGUUUCGACAACGGCGCCCCGCCUACGACGGGCGCCGGGGGCGGCCACCUGGGGCGGUCGGGGGUGCUGCCCGUGGUGGGCGGCGCGCUGCCGCCCCUCUGCGGCCUGCCGGGCGCCAACGGAGACCUGGACCGUGGGGGUGGCGGGGGUGGGGGCGGCGCCGCCCACGCCACUUCCAACGGCUUCCUGCCGCCCGCCGGCGACCCGCUCGCCUUCGACUCCAAGUGA